AUGAUUUCCACCACAAAUCGCCAAGGGCCUGGACGUUCAGACCGGCAAGCCACCAGGGCUGCUGAUACGGCUCGUGUUGUGCCCAAACCCGUUCCAAAGGCCCAGUCUGAGGACCCGAGGACAUACCAGAUCAAACAGCUGCACAAGCGCUACUCGCCCAAGGAGUCGACCGUGGAAAAUGGCGCCGCAACCUCUCUGCUCUUUGACCUGCUGCCUUCAGACCCUGACUUCCCCUUUGAGCUGGACCACCUAAAGUGCCAACUCCGAAUUCCCAAAAACUACCCCAAGGACUCGUCUCCUCCCACGCUGGCCAUCCUGAAUAAGGACAUUCCGCGUGGGUUCGCCAUUAAUGUCGAGAAGGGAUGGGACGAGCUGGUGCAGGAGAGGGGCGAGUCUACCCUUUUGGCCCUGGUGAAUGCACUUGACAGGAAUCUUGAGGAGUUCUUGUCCAGGAAGCAGGUCGACACUGUCAAGUUGACCAUGUUUAAGGACACGAGGCAUUUGGAAGAAGCAGUUUCGGGCGCUCAAGAUUCGUUACCGGAGAAGGCGGCCGCCCAUGUUCCCAAGCCCGCCGAGAAACCAGUUGUGCGCGCGCCAUAUGUCCCAGAGGAGACUUUCACCAAGGACCAAAAGGCCGAGGCCAAGGCAAGGAGGGCACAGGAGACCAGACAGAUCGAAACUCGAAUGGGACGUCUUCCCCACUACAAGCGAUCGAGCGACGGCAUCGUCUAUACGCUGCCUCUCGAACCAAAACGCAGAUCUGAGCUGCCUGCUGGCUUGCGAGGCGUCAAUUCAUUUCAGCUCAUCGUCCCAGUCCUUUACCCUCUGCAGCCACUCCGCAUUCUGCUUAACGAUGUCGAGUCUGAGGAUGCCGAGGAGGUUGAGGAGCUUUUUACGGAGAAGGCCAGAGAGAAGGCUGAAAUGACACUGAUGAGCCACAUGAACUACCUGACACAGAACAUUCAUGUGCUGGUCAAGCAGGCUCUGGCAAGGAAGAAGGACACUGCACCAGCUGCACAGGUCCCUGAAAAGGCCAUAAAUGCAGGUUUUACUGUCGAGGAGGCUGCCAAGACUUCGACUGUCGUCGAAAACAAGGGCAAUUUCCAGGUGAUUCCUCGACCGCCGGAGUGGGACUACCAAGACGAAGAAAAGGGUAGCGGCGAGGAAUCGUAUGAGUCUACUACCUCAGAGGAUGAAGACGGCGGCGUAGCUGUGACCACUCAGCCCGGCGCCUCCCCUAUUCCAACACAGACGGUCGAGCGAGGCACGUCGAUAUCCUUCCCAUCCGUCGAGCUCCUCGGUAUCGAGCUAUUCCAGAUUUCCAUCCUCGCCCUCAGCGUCAAGUGCCAGCGUUGCAAGACUAUCGACGAGAUUGGCGGGCUGAAACCAAACACACCAAAGACCACCGAUUCCUGUCGCAAAUGUGGCACCUCGUUCUCACUGACCUUCCGGCCCGAGCUCGUACACGCGUACUCGACAAGGGCCGGGUUCAUCGACGCCACAGGCUGCACCGUCGCAGACAUGCUUCCGUCGACCUUCGUGCCCACUUGUGCUAAGUGCUCAACGCCCACGGCGCAAGGCCUGGUCGCAGUCCGCGGCGACACCACGACCAACGUGUGCCGAGAAUGCCACGCGCGCUUCACCUUCAAGAUCCCAGAGGUGAAGUUUCUAGUCUAUUCAGCUGCCUCCAGCGUACUCCCGCCGACAUCGGGCCCUCGCCGCCGGGACGAGAAACUCGGCCUCCACGCCGGCGAGCCUCUCCCCAACAAGGGCAUCUGCAAGCACUACAGGAGAAGUUACCGGUGGUUCAGGUUCAGCUGCUGCCAGAAGGUCCACUCGUGCGACAAGUGCCACGACGAGACCGAAGACCACCCGAACGAGUGGGCGAACCGCAUGAUAUGCGGGUACUGCUCGCGGGAGCAGAACUACACCCCCGGCAGCUGCACCUUCUGCGGGAGGAACCUGGUCUCGAAGGUGCGCACGGGCUUCUGGGAGGGUGGCAAGGGGACGAGGGACAGGGUGUUUAUGAGUCGGAAGGACCCGAGGAAGAAGAGACGGCCUCAUGUUAAGAAGGACUGA